AUGUUCACUCAUGUGUUUCCUCGUUCACUGUCUCUGCGCUCGCUCCACGUCGCCAAUCUGCUGCGCCUCUUCCAGAUACCUCAGAUCAGCUACGCAUCGACCAGCGCCAAACUCAGCGACAAAACGCGCUACGACUACUUUGCCCGCACCGUCCCGCCCGACUUCUACCAGGCCAAAGCCAUCGCCGAGAUCCUACGCUACUUCAACUGGACCUAUGUCUCCACGGUCGCCUCCGAAGGGGACUACGGUGAGACUGGCAUUGACGCGUUCCAGCAGGAAGCCCGAGCGCGGCAGAUAUGUAUCGCAACAUCCGCCAAAGUCAGCCGCUCCAUGAGUCGAUGGAGCUACGAGAACGUGAUCCGAUCUCUGCAGCAGAAGUCCAACGCCAAAGUGGUGAUCCUGUUCACGCGGAGCGAAGACGCCAGGGAGCUGCUGGUCGCCGCUAAUCGAAUGAACGUGACUUUUACGUGGGUGGCGAGUGACGGCUGGGGCGCGCAGGAGAGCGUAGUGAGAGGGAGCGAAGCCGUAGCAGAUGGAGCGUUCACUAUCGAACUCGCCUCCUACGAGAUCCCACAGUUUAACAAGUAUUUCACCAACUUACACCCGUACAACAACACCAGGAACCCCUGGUUUCGGGAGUUCUGGGAGAAUCAGUUCCAGUGCAGUCUGCAGGAUCUGGGCUGUGGGAGGCACUCGCUGCGGGACGUCCCGUUUCAGCCCGAGUCGAAGAUCAUGUUUGUGGUGAAUGCGGUGUUUGCCAUGGCGCAUGCGCUGCAUCACAUGAGGCAGUCUCUGUGCCCCAACUCCACCAAAGUCUGUGAGGCUCUAAAGCCAGGAAACGGGCGCAAGUUCUACCGAGACUACAUCCUCAAGGUCAAGUUUGAUGCUCCCUUCCAUCCUCCGGAGCGUGAGAACGUGGUCCGCUUCGACAACUUUGGGGACAGCAUUGGUCGCUACAACAUCUUCCACUACCACAAGGAAGACAACCGCUAUGUCUACCGCAAAGUCGGCUACUGGGCCCAGGGCCUGACUCUGGACACCAGCCUCAUCCCCUGGCCCUCCCAGCUCCCGCCCACCUCCCAAUGUAGCGACCCCUGCAGGAAGAACGAAGUAAAGAACAUGCAGCCUGGAGACGUGUGCUGCUGGAUCUGCAUUCCCUGCCAGCCGUACCAGUUCCUGCAGGACGAGUUCACCUGCGCGGACUGCAUAUUCGGUCAGUGGCCUCUUGCUAACUUAACCGGCUGCUACGACUUACCGGAGGAGUAUAUCCGCUGGGAGGAUGCAUGGGCGAUCGGUCCCGUCACCAUCUCGUGUUUGGGAAUGAUGUGUACCUUGUUUGUGAUUGGGAUUUUCCUCAAGCACAACGAAACACCCGUGGUUAAAGCUAGCGGGCGCGAGCUUUGCUACAUCCUCUUGCUAGGUCUGGGCACGUCUUUUGCGGUGUGCUACUCCGCGCUGCUAACCAAGACAAAUCGCAUCGCUAGGAUAUUCAGCGGGGUCAAAGACGGCGCGCAAAGACCACGGUUUAUAAGCCCAGCGUCGCAAGUGGCGAUCUGCGGAGGGCUUAUAUCCUGCCAGCUGGUGGUGGUGCUGGUUUGGAUGCUAGUGGAGACUCCGGGAGUGAGAAAAGAGGUGAGCCCGGAGAAGAGGGACAUAGUGACGCUGAAGUGUAACAGCAGAGACACUAGCAUGCUAAUAUCGCUGACGUACAACUGUAUCCUGAUCAUCUUGUGCACAUUCUACGCGUUCAAAACAAGGAAGUGCCCCGAAAAUUUCAACGAGGCCAAGUUUAUCGGCUUCACAAUGUACACCACCUGCAUCAUCUGGCUCGCCUUCCAACCCAUCUUCUAUGUCACCGCCAGCGACUACAGGGUACAGACCACCACCAUGUGUAUCUCUGUCAGUCUGAGUGGCUCUGUGGUUCUGGGAUGCCUGUUUGCUCCUAAAGUCCACAUCAUCCUGUUCCAGCCGCAAAAGAACGUCUGCACACUCCGCACGCCGACCACACGCUUCAGCGUCACCACGGGACAGGGCUCCAGCCUGUCCCAAGCGUCUGCGUCGAACGUGGUUCCGACGGUCUGCAACGGGAGAGAAGUGGUCGACUCCACCACCUCCUCGCUCUGA